GUUGAGUAGUUGGAAAUAAUGGUGUGGGAUAAACAUUCGUAUUUUGAAGUAAUUCAUCAUUAUUACUUAUAUUAGUGGCAAUCGAAUGUAAUUGAGUGAUCAACACUUGGAAUUGAUUUUGGAAAUGGGCAUAACUAGGUAAUUUCACUUUAUUGGGAUGUCUAUUAUGAAGAUUUAUUUGAUCACUUAAUUUUCGUAAUGAUAAAUGAACUUGAUUUAGUUUAUUUCGUAUGGUUUCUAAUGAAUCAACUGGGAUUUGUGAGGUAUCUGUGGUUUGUGAUGGUGGACUAUUCUUCUUCCGACUAGCUAUGGGAGAUUGACUCAUAAUGGUGUAGUAGUUAUAUUGAUGUUGUUGAUAAUUAUAAACAGUGUCAAGCUUAACCUUUUUCAAAAAAAAGUAUCACCAAAAAAAUUUCAAGUGCGAUAUCAACCUUCCAAGAUUUAUUAGAGGGUAUAAAUAUUGAAAGAGAUGAUACGAGGGAAUUGGAGUUUAGCAGCUGAAUUGAAGAAGAAUGAAAGGAAACAACAGACUAAAGUUCAUCAACGUCAAAAAGAUGACUUGAAAAGUGAAAAGCUUAAAGAUGCAAAUCCCAUCAAGAUUUAUCAUCAAAUAAAGAAACUAGAAGCAACCAAUGACAUAUCAGACAAGGAUAAACAAUACCUAGCUAGGUUAAAGGAAGAUUGGGACUAUAUAAUAAAGCAUAAACUACAUCAGGAGAAAGUCAACACAUUCCUAGCUAAAAUAGAAGAAGAUGAAAAGAAACGAUUAAGUAAUGAAUCCAAAUUAUGGGGAUCAAAAUCAAUCUAUUUUAAUCCAGAAUUGAAUCCAUUAGGUAAAGUCCCAAGCUUACCUGGUGAACCAACGUUUCCAAACUUAGUCAAACCUUUGAAAGGUCAAUAUUUUAAAAAGCCUAAAGUGGAUCCUUUGAUUGCUAGUUUGAAUGUAGUUCUACCGCAAGGUGAACCACCACGGUUUUAUAAACAAGUGCAGAAUAUAAGCAAAUCAAAACCAACACCUGCUUCUACCAAUGAUGAUGACCAACGUAAUGAAGAUACUGCAAAAGACAUAGAGAGUUACCAUGAUAGUGAUAGUGAAGAUAAUAAUGACGAUGCUUACGACGAUGAAGACGAAUUAGCACCCGAAGAACAAGACUACAUUGAAAGAAUAUCUAAGAAGCAAAAAUUGCAAUGAUAUAUUAUGUACAGAUAACUAUUUACAGGCUAAUGAUAUAUACAUGAUUUUUUAAUAGAGAUAAAACUAUAUGACAAACCCCAACCGUUAACAAUAAUAUGAAUAAA